AUGUGUGAAACUAUUAUAGAACAUUUUCCCGACUCAAUAUUACUUCAUAUAUUCUCCUUUUUAAAUGGACCUGAUUUGUGCAGCUCGGCACAAGUUUGUAAGCGUUGGAGAAACGUAGCAUACGAUGACAGUUUAUACAGAAACCUAUUAAAAAGUUUAUAUAAAAUAGAUGUUAAAAAUGGUUUAGCUAACGAUAAAGAAAGUUGGAGAAGUGAAUAUAAGAGAUUAUUUUAUCAUUGUCCUACUGUGUGGAGUGAAGAAUUAUUAGAACACACAGAUGAAGUUUUACAUGUCAGUUUCUCACACAAUGGUCUUUUCUUUUCAACAACUUCUAAAGAUUGUUCUGUUAAGGUAUGGGAAGUGGGUUAUCCUACCAAGAUGAAAUAUGAUUAUCAGUUUGGUAAAGAUUUUUUAUGGGAUUUUACUCAGUUUUCCUGUUUUAAUGGUGAUGAUACGAAGCUGCUGGUAUCCAGUGUUAGAAGUAGCGUUGUUGAUAGGAGAGGAUAUGUAGCCAUAUUGUCACUAGAAAAAAAUUUUGAGCUGUUAAAGAUAGUCAAUAUGGAUCCAUCACAGUUGUUUGGAGCCUGGUUAAAUUCUGAAACUUUUCUUGGUGGAUCUUUACAUAUCAAUCUAGAAAAUCAGGGAGCUUUAGUGAAUAAUAAUGAUAAAUACGAACCUGUAGAGGAUGAUGUAACUGGACAGGUGUUGUUUACGUUUUCUAAUGAGACAGCUAGUUUGAUUAAAUGUUUAAUGGUGUUUAAAAAUCAUACUUCACACUGUAUGAGUUGUGCUUCAAACUCAGAACCAAUGAGGAAGAACCCAUCUGAGGAAGAUUCAAACUGCUACCUCGCUAGUAAUGGACAUGAUGAUAUUUGUAAAUGCUGUGGUAAAUUAAGCAGUGAUUCCAAGAAAGACAACUCUGUUUCAUCUGCUGAAGGCCAUUCUUUCAAAUCUAACUGUGAUACUCGCCUACUCUACGUGACUGGUAAUUUUUCCGUUGCUUUACAUCAGAUAGGAGUGAAUACUAUUCCCUCUGACUUGUCCCACCAUUCAGCUACUGAAGACUUAAAUAGUGACGAUAUUGGACACAUGGUGAUGCACCUGGGUAAAAAUGAAAUUGAGAUACAACCAAAUCGUAAACCAGACUCGUGGGAUCAGAUGAUAGAUCUAAAUGGACAUGUUACUGGAUUAUGUCUUUCAGAUAAUAAAAGGUAUUUAUAUGUAAAUUGCCGACCAUGGGUAGGUAAGGUAGAUAGAGAGGAUCCAUGGAGUACACCUUUACUGUCAGAAGAUAUUGAAGUACGUGUGAUUGAUCUACAUACUCUAACUGAUACGGGUAUUCGAUAUACUGGACAUAAGGGACUAUCACCAUCUACUAUGUGUUGUUUUGUUUUCUUACAUACUAGUCAUGAUUAUGUUGCAAGUGGAAGUGAAGAUAGCCAAGGGUAUUUAUGGGAUAAACAUUAUAGAUGUCUGUUAUCAACCUUUCAACACGGAGAAGGUGUCGUCAAUGCUGUUGCUUUUAACCCCCGUGAUCAGGAAUAUCUUGUUACUGUUAGUGAUGACCAUUCAAUACAAAUAUGGAGAUCAAAAUAUAAAAUGUCAAAGUUGCCAAAGCUGACAGAAUAA